AUGUUACGAAUGUUGUGUUUGCAGUUCAUUAUCCUAAGCAGUACGAGCUGGACUCCCGAUGAAGAUUUUGGCAUUCUCUUAGAAGCUGCUGUAAUGUAUGACAGACGUGUUGCUGCUAUAUUAGGUGAAGAUGAUUCACUAGAUGAGGAGGUCAUCUGGAAAGAAAUAUCUGAUGGAAAACAAUGUUUAUAUCCCAGAUUGUUAUUCAUCAUUACUGGUAAAGGUCCUGAAAAAGCAAAGUACGAGGCAAAAUUAAAGAGAUUGAAACUUAAACGUGUGGCAUUUCGUACCAUGUGGCUAUCUGCUGAAGAUUAUCCAUUAUUGCUAGGAUCGGCUGAUCUAGGAGUUUGUUUGCAUACUUCAUCAUCGGGAUUAGACCUUCCCAUGAAGGUUGUUGAUAUGUUUGGAUGUGGACUGCCUGUUUGUGCCGUUUCAUACUCUUGCAUUAAAGAACUAGUUAGACUUGACAAAAAUGGUCUUCUCUUCUCUUCAUCUUCAGAGCUAGCCGAUGAACUUCUGAUGCUCCUCAAGGGAUUUCCUGAUGAAUGUGAUGCUUUGAAGGUCCUCAAAUAUGGUGCAUUAGAAACUGGUUCUUCUGCAAGGUGGGCUACUGAAUGGGAAGAACAUGCAAAGCCACUGAUAACUGAGGUUAUAUCAAGAUUUUGAUUUUCUAUUGAUUCUCAGAAGACGUCUUUAACUGCUCUAACAGCAAAUUGGACUGAUCUGUUGAUCUGAUCCAGUAGGAGGUUGACUAGCACCAUAUGCUGAUUGCAUGCACAUUUCAUGAUGUUUGGCAAUUUCCAAGUAGGAGCUAUCUUCUACAAAAUUAGAUAUGCAGCAGGGUCUCCAACAUCUGUCUAUUUUUGAGGUUCUGCGAAUGAAGUUGUAAAUAUAUUUUCUCUGAAAAAAUUGGUCUUGGUGAUUUAGAAUUUCAUUUUCUUUGAGUAUGCCUUGAUUCUCUGGUCCAUAUAU